AAGCAAGAAGAAGCUGCAAGGCAUCGACCGAUGGCCAUGGCGGCGGGCGGGCCCAACGGCGGCGGCGGCGGGAAAAUGGUCAGCCUGCGGCUGCAGUACUACUGCGUGUUCGCGGCGGUGGGGGUCGCCGUCAUCGUGCUCUCGCUCACCUUCCUGUCCCCGUCCGCCAUGGGCGCCGUGCGGCAGAACCUCGGCACCGUCGUGGCCAAUAGCGGAGCCGGAGAAAGACAAGCGCGGCAGGCCGUGGCGGCGGUGGUCGCCAAGCCGGAGCCGGAGCCGGAGGCAGAGAAGGUGGAGGAGAAGAAGGAGCCGCCGGUCGUGCUGUUCAACUUCGGCGACUCCAACUCCGACACGGGCGGCGUGGCGGCGGCCGGCGGCAUCAACAUCAUGCCGCCCGAGGGCCGCACCUACUUCGGCCACCCCACCGGACGCCUCUCCGACGGCCGCGUCAUCAUCGACUUCAUCUGUGCGAGUCUGAACACGCACGAGCUGAACCCAUACCUGAAGGGAGUAGGUUCCGACUACAGCAAUGGUGUCAACUUCGCCAUGGCCGGCUCAACCGUGUCGCAUGGCGUUUCUCCCUACUCACUGAAUGUCCAGGUCGACCAGUUUGUCUACUUCAAGCGCAGAUCACUGGAGCUAUUCGAGCGAGGACUGAAGGGCCCGGUGAACAAGGAGGGCUUCGAGAACGCGCUGUACAUGAUGGACAUUGGCCACAAUGACGUCGCGGGUGUGAUGCACACACCAUCUGAUCAGUGGGACAAGAAGUUAAGAACGAUUGUCGGCGAGAUCGGCGAUGCAAUUCGGAUUCUGUACGAUAACGGCGCAAGGAAGUUCUGGAUACAUGGCACAGGCGCCCUAGGCUGCUUACCGGCAAUGGUGGCACGGGAGGAGGGUGAGCAUGACGCGCACGGCUGCCUUGCGAACUACAACCGGGCGGCGCAGGCCUUUAACAAGAAGCUGAGUGACCUCUGCGACGAGGUGCGGUUGCGCAGGAAGGACGCCACAGUUGUUUACACCGACAUGUUCGCCAUCAAGUACGGCUUCGUUGCCAACCACACCAAAUAUGGGAUUGAGUGGCCAUUAAUGGUGUGCUGCGGAAACGGUGGCCCACCUUACAACUUCAACCCAGGAAAGUAUGGAUGCGGCGAUCUCUGUGGACCGGAGGCGAAGGUGUUGAGCUGGGAUGGUGUGCACUUCACUGAUUUUGGAAGCGGCCUUGCCGCCAAGCAUGCUAUGAGUGGUGAGUACUCCAAGCCUAGAGUAAAGCUGGCAAGCUUGAUCAAUGGUGCCUCAAAGAAACCAUCCUCUGUGUCUUGAUGCUCAUCGAUCAUUGAAUCAUGAACUUUGGCUGGACCUUACUUGCAAAAGAAGAAGGUUACUUGCAAAAAUAAACUUUGGAUGAAUCAUGGAUGAGUGGAUAAUAGUGAAGAUGAAUCAAGAUGACAACGAACGAUGGAUAAUGAGAUUGACAGAUCAGUUGCAGCUGAUUGUUUCUACAUUGAUUGGCUCCUUGUACACAAUAGGCGAUAGCUCCCUCGGCUGCAAGUAAAAAGUUGUUGAUUUUUUUGGACUUCUGUAAUGCUGAGUAUAAUUAUUUAACAUUCUUGGUGUAUGUGCAUAGGAAAUGUAUGGCAGCUGCAAGCUCCCGGAACUCAUGAAAAUUGAUGUAUGAUAGUUUUACUUUACAUCUGCAAAAGAUAGCAGAACAAGAACAUCCAAAGUUA